UCGCGGCCGGCCAACCCCUCCCUUAACUCAGACGACACUGGGCAAAUUCUGAGUCACCUCAUGGGUCUCCCGGUCACAGUCGGCACGGGUCUCAAACCAGCAUCUGUAUCAACACAGUUUGCACUGCAAUGCAGUGUCUUGGACCGCUGCACCAUAAGUUUUUAAUGCUUAUCAAUUGCCUUGCACAAAGUAUCAAAAUACUAAAAUACUACACAAGACUCUUAAAGAAUUUAAUUUCAAUGUUCAUUGUAUUUUUUGAUCACAGAAACAAUUAGAAAACAUGGAAAAAUAAAUCAUGAAAUGUUUAUUAUAUAAAGCAGCCCGUAUAAUCAUCUGCCAGAGUGUAGCCCCAGUCGGCCUGAGCCCCAAGUAAUACAUUUGAGCCAGGUAACUCACACCGGAAUCUGCCCGAGCUCAAUCCCCGCAGCCUAGCCAUAAGUAAUACUGCCGAAGGCGGCCCAGACUGGGGGCUUUCAGCAGAGGGCCUCGACUCUCAGCCGGAAUCGGCCCAGAUCCACUGUGCUAGCUGGGUUACUAAUAUCACUAGGAUUAUGCCUUUGGCUGCGGGACAAUAACCUUGAUUUGAAAACCAAUAGAACAUGAGAAAAAUGCUGGUUUCAAUGGCAUAUUAAGUGUUUAUAAAAUAAUUCCCUCAACAUUUCUAUGGUUGUAUUUUGUCUACGCUACUUUGAAAUAAGGUAAGACAUGCUGCAUGACAUGAAAUAGAACGUCCAGGUUUUAAACAAUUAAGUUUAGAGUUAAAAAUGUUGACCUCCUCCCCUCAGAUUCAAGGUGGGUGAUGUUUAGUGAGCAACAGGGCAUGUCCUUCACUCUCCAGCCGUUUGGCCAUUUGAUCUGAACAAGCUGUGCUUUGAGUAGGCCUCUGUCGACAAAAUCAAGCCUUUAGACAUUAAUGUUAAUCAUCAUUCAUUAUAUUUGUAAAACAUGUCAGGUGUUUAGCCUAUAUUUAUGUAAUUAAAAACUCAUCAAAAUUUGGCUACCUUUUCAGCAUCGGUUUGGACGGACAUGAGGCUGUAGCCAAUAGGCCUAUGCUGUAACGAUUGUCGUCGGGAGAAGGAGAAGAGGACCAAAAGUGCAGCGUGACAAGAGGACAAGGUUGAGUCCUGAGGAAGGUGCAGUACUGCUUUUCUAGCAGCUUCCCAGUCCCAGCACCAAAACCAGAGGAGAGAGGGUAGAAACGGUGUCCCCAGCGAUGGUGAGCUCCCUAGCAAAAGUGCGCCCCGGCAACGGUGAGCCCUCCAGCAACGGUGACCAGCCCAGCGACUGUGACCCCAGUAGCGGUGACCCCAACAAUGGUGACCACUGCGGCGGUGAUCCCAGCGGCGGUGACCAGCCCAACAAUGGUGACCCCAGUGGCGGUGUCCACAGAGACGGUGACCCCAGCAACGGUGUCCCCAGUGGCAGUGGCAGUGACCCCAGUGGCAGAGACCCCAGUGGGAGUGACCCUAGGGGCGGUGAGCCCAGCAGCGUGGGUCUCGAUACAGGGCAAGGCCACCACCCUGCUGCCUGCUCCAAGGUCCUCACCCUCAACACCGGGCAGAACCACCACCCCGCUGCCAGUGCCAAGGGCCUCACCCUCAACACCAGUCAGAGCCGCCACUCCUCUUCUGGUACCAAGGGCCGAGACACAGGCAACACAGACCUGUGCUUCAGCCAGCCCAAGGUGAAGAGAAGAAGUAGUGUGCCCUCACUGAACCUUGUGUGUUCCUGAACAUUCUUCCUGACAUCUCAGGCACUACAGUGGAGAACCCCCAGUCCAUAGUGUCAGGAAAGAGCCAACCAGAUACCGGCUGCAUCCUGACAAAGACUUCCAUGACACACCCCACCCACCAAACUUAAAGUGGUUUUGUCAUGCCCUUUUCAGCUCAGCCGGGCUGAAAGGAUAUUUUAAAUAAAUGACUGGACAUGAAAGAAGACAGUUUUGGGUCCUGAGUUCACUUAUCUAAGAACUGUUGUAUUGUUGCCUUGCAUAUGUUGAAUAUUUGAACAAGAUAUUCAGGAUUCACUAGUAAUGUCUACUUACCUAUUGUUCUUAUAGCUUUAACCGUUUACUCCACAAAGUGUUUUUAGAAAAUGUUUUAUUUGUUCCUGCCUUUUUCGGCACUGCUGGAGCAGGGCUACAGUGCGACCGAUUUACUUGCAUAUGCGCCUAAAAAUAGAUAUUUGAAAAAAAAUCAAGUAUGAGCACGUGCGAGUUGUGAUUUUGCCAUUUUGUUUCAUAGCUGGUAGCUAAUCACACAAAGAAACUACAGUCCAAUACAUCUCACAGUCUCAUGCAGCAAUAAUGAUUGGGGCGCUGUGCCCACCGGGA